AUGAAACGGCGCGCCUUCCUAAGGGCGGUUCAUCGCAUGCAGAGGCGGUUUUUCUUCAACAGCGUCCCCAAGGAGCAGCUCAACAAAAUUGUGAGCGAUUAUUUUUACGUGGAGCAAAAAAUACAUAAGGUGAUUGACCAUCCGGGGGCAAAAGCCCUCCAGCAGGGGGAGGAGGCAGUUGGGAAAGUGGCUCCACUGAAGAGUAAGGAGAACAAACCAAAGGAAAUGGAACAUGUGGACAGGAUGAAGGCGGGGCAAAUACAAGCAGAGCAAUUAAUGAUGCCAAUUAAUGACGACCUUUGCAAAUACAUAAAUAGCGGCAAAUGUUUUGUCCACCUGUGCGCCUUCUACAUUUAUAACGAUGAAAAAAAAAAAUUUCUCCAGUUAAUAAAAAAUGCUAUAAACUACUCGUUUGGCUACGAGGAUCUCUUCAUCCUUUUUUACUUCAUGUGCAGAAUCAAUUACAAAGAUAGUUACGUCCUUCGAAAAAUCUUAAGCGUCCUUGAAGUAUAUUAUUUUAAAAUUGAUAAUCAGUUUUCCUAUGACUUGUCACAGGUACUAUUCGCACCGCAUACCAAUUUACACUCCGCCAUAAAUCACCUUCCUCUGAUUUAUAAAGUUAGGUUAGUUAAUAUGGACAGGGGUUGUCGCACUGGAGGUGAUUCCCCCCAAGGAGAGGUUUCCAUGGCGGAUAAUACAAAACGAAGUGAUACCACCCAACAUGGUGAUAAAGAGCAAACACACUCCUCGGGUGAGGAACACCCACAGGGGGAGCCCCUCAUGGUGCAACAUAUAAAUGAUACAGAGGCAGAAAACGUCCUCGAAAAUUUACAAAGUGUAGACAUGGAGCAAUACGAAAAGGAGAUCUCCAAGGAUAGUGUGAAGUUUAUUAACCUAAACGUGAAGAGGGAAAAGAGGAAAAUAAAAGUCCGAGAGGGGAAGCAUCAGGGGCUUAAGUUAAAAGGCACACUGUUAACUCAGAUAAAACACGAGGUGGGAAAAUGCGUCGACGCGGUCAGCGCGGUUGAAGCAAACGAGCAAGCAGAAGCAUUCGUCGCACGGGGAGCGGAGGACGAGCGAAAAAUGUUCCAAAUGAAAGAAGUACUAACCAUUUUUAUUCACGACAAAGAACUGGCGCGCAAAAAUUUGUAUGUGCAGGACUUGAUUGACGAUGUCGUGAAGUACUUCAUCGCCCAAGAGAGGACCCCUCUUCUAUGCAAGAACAUGCUAACUCUGCUCGCUUUCAUGGACGCGCAGAACUACUACACGGAUAAAAAGUUAAACCGGGCAGUAGAGCGCGCCCUGGGGGAGUACAUUGCAAGUAUGAACGAGUGGUCUGAGCAGCGCAUAUACGACUUUAUAAAUGGGGUGACGAAGGAAGAAGGACCAGGCAGCGGCGUCUUCCAUAGUGGUGUGCAUCGUCUCCACGACGCGCUUGCCUUCUUAUACGACCAGCAGUACACGUACAACUUUGUCCUAUACGAGGAAGACGCACCAUAUGGAAAUAAGUUCCACCACGCAACAAAAAAAUUGCUGAAAAAUUUUUUCUUCCUCCUGAGUUAUAUGCUAAGAAUGCCAUUUUUGAAGUUCCAUAUUUUGAAGUCCUAUUUAAAUUCAUUUAAUUUCUUUUUAGAUAUAUUUGUGAAAAACGAAAACGUGUGUAGCUCCCUCGACAUGUCAGAGAUUUCUUUCAUUUGCGAAAGUUUCGUACGACGCAAAAUUGUGGACUUAAGCAUAACAGAAAAACUGCUACAUCUCGUACGCCAAGCGGUUGGCAAGUGUGUGAAAUUCCACCGCGCUGGACAAAAUGACCCAAACACGAUGGAUGAUGCUGAUGUAGGAGAGAUAGCUACCUGCCCCAUUUACCUCAAUGAUAUUCUGACCAUACUGCACUUCCUCCACUUUUACAACCUCAAUACGGAACAGCUGCACUCACAACUUCUUGUGAUUUGCCUAGGCAAUGUUCUCUACCUAAACGACACGCAAAAAUUAAUACUCUUUAAUUGCAUAGAGUCCCUGCGAAGGAAGACUCCCAAUCAGACCCGCACACAUUUACUGAAUUAUUUUAUGUAUGAAAAAAAUUUGGAAAUAUUUUUGGCUCGAAAUAAAAAUGUCCAGAGGGAGUCAUUAGGACUGCUGUUCGUUAAUUAG